CCAACGCAUCUCUCUCUUGCUCUCUCUCUCUCUCUCUUUCUCUCUCUCUCAUACAAAGCAACAAACACAUUGAUGAUGGAGCCAUGGAUCGACGACCUUGCCGACGACCUCCAGAGCACCAGCUUCAACUCCACCACCACCGACAUCAUCAACCGCAGCACCAGCUCCGGCUCUGAGACCACCUUCACUGCCACUUCCUCCUCCCUCUCCUCAGCCAAGCCCCACCGCUUCUCCCCCGCCGCCGACCCCCUCUCCGACGCCAUCCGCCGCGCUAGAUCCUCCGCCUCCCUCUCCCUCUCCUUCUCCGACCUCCGCCUCCUCCACCGCCUCGGUUCCGGCGACAUCGGCGCCGUCUACCUCGCGGAGCUCAAGUCCGCCGCUGGCCACCUCUUCGCCGCCAAGCUCAUGGACAAAAACGAGCUCGCCAGCCGCAACAAAGAAGGCCGCGCAAGGACGGAAAAGGAAAUCCUAGAGAUGUUGGGCCACCCGUUCUUGCCCACGCUCUACGCCGCGAUCGAGUCCCCAAAAUGGUCCUGUCUCCUCACGGAGUUCUGUCCCGGCGGAGACCUUCACGUUCUCCGGCAACGGCAGUCGGGGAAGCGCUUCGAUGAAUCCGCCGUCAGGUUCUACGCAUCGGAGGUGGUGGUGGCUCUGGAGUACGUCCACAUGAUGGGAAUCGUGUACCGCGACCUGAAGCCGGAGAACGUCCUCGUUCGCUCCGACGGUCACAUUAUGCUCACCGAUUUCGAUCUCUCCUUGAAAUGCGACACCUCCGCCACCCCCACUGCCCAAAUCAUCACCCCUCAAAACCCCGCCUAUCCGCCCCCGCCCGCGGCAGACUACCCCGUGGACCCGCCCCCGUUCGCCGCCUCCUCCUGCAUUCUCCCCAACUGCAUUGUCCCCGCCGUGUCCUGCUUCCACCCCAAACGGAAGCGCAAGAAGAAGGCCGGCCACCGCGGGGUGCCGGAGUUCGUGGCGGAGCCGAUCGACGUCCGUUCGAUGUCCUUCGUGGGGACGCACGAGUACCUGGCGCCGGAAAUCGUCUCCGGCGAGGGCCACGGGAGCGCCGUGGACUGGUGGACAUUGGGGAUCUUCUUAUUCGAGCUAUUGUACGGGGUGACGCCGUUCCGGGGAAUGGACAACGAGCUGACACUGGCCAACAUCGUGGCUCGAGCUCUUGAGUUUCCGAAAGAGCCGGCGGUGGCGGCGGCGGCGAAGGACCUGGUGUUACAGCUGCUGGUUAAGGAUCCGGCGAGGCGGCUGGGGUCCACGAUGGGGGCCUCUGCCGUGAAGCACCACCCAUUUUUCCAAGGGGUGAACUGGGCGCUGUUGAGAUGCACGAAGCCGCCGUUCGUACCGCCGCCAUUCAGCAGAGACGUCGUGGUGUCGGACGACAGUUGUCCGGAAACUCCUGUGGAUUACUAUUAGUGAGGAAUGGAAGGGAAAAUGGUAAUUAUAUGAUUGGGGGGCAUUUUUGGUAUUGAGGACGAAUUUGCGUGAGGGUGGAUGAGGGGGCAGCGCAGCAGACAAGAAAUGUGAGGGAUAUUUCUUGAUUCGUUGGGCGGGAAAAGAGUAGAAAGCCAUUUUUGUGAAAAAUACAACCUAGUGAAAUCCUUUUACAUCUUGAAAGAUUACUGCAAAUAUAUAAUUUGGGGGCAUGCAAGUAUGUUGUAUCUACUCAACUUUUUCUAAUUUUAUUAAUUCAUUCUUAACAACACAUUCUUUA